CCUCUCGAGCUUACCCGAAAAAUCCUCCGGGAUAAGCAGAACAAGAAGAAUUCUGGGCAGCCCAUUCCAGUAUUUCCAUCCUGGGUCUAUGAGAGACCUGCACUCAUUGGGGAUUUCUUAAUUGGCACCAGCCUAAGCACUGACACAACAGUACCAAUAGGCACUUUGCCACUGGCCUCCCAGGAAUCCAUGAUUGUGGAGGACUUGCUGUACGUGCUGAUUGGAGUGGAUGGCAGGUACAUCACAGCACAGGCCCUGGUGGGCAGGCAGAACAGAGCCUUCUCACUUGAUCCAAACCUGGACUUGUCCAUCAAGGAGUUGGUGACCAGGAUUCUUCCUGUGGCUGCCAGUUACUCUGCUGUCACCAGGUUUAUAGAGGAGAAGUCCUCCUUCGAGUAUGGACAGGUAAAUCAUGCUCUGGCUGCAGCCAUGAGGACUCUAAUCAAGGAAUACAUGAUAUUAAUUACCCAGCUGGAGCACCUUCAGAGGCAGGGCCUGCUGUCACUGCAGAAGCUGUGGUUUUACAUCCAGCCCACAAUGAGGACCCUGGAGAUUCUGGCUUCACUGGCUACUUCUGUGGAUAAGGGUGAGUGUAUGGGAGGAUCAACCCUGAGCUUGCUCCAUGACAAGACUUUCAAUUACACAGGGGACAGCCAGGCUCAGGAGCUGUGCCUGUAUUUAACCAAGGCAGCCAGCGUGCCUUACUUUGAAAUCCUGGAAAAGUGGAUAUAUAGAGGCAUCAUUAAUGAUCCAUACAGUGAGUUCAUGGUGGAGGAGCACGAGCUGCAGAAGGAGAAGAUUCAGGAGGACUAUAAUGACAAGUACUGGGAUCAGAGAUACACUGUUGUCCAGCAGCAGAUCCCCUCCUUCCUGCAGAAAAUGGCUGACAAAAUCCUAAGCACAGGCAAAUAUUUAAAUGUUGUGAGGGAAUGUGGGCGAGAUGUCACCUGCCCUGUGGCCAAAGAGGUCAUCUACACUUUAAAGGAGAGAGCCUAUGUGGAGCAAAUAGAAAAAGCAUAUAACUAUGCCAGCAAAGUUCUUCUGGACUUCCUGAUGGAGGAGAAAGAGCUGGUGGCUCACCUAAGAUCUAUAAAACACUAUUUCCUGAUGGAUCAAGGGGACUUUUUUGUUCACUUCAUGGAUCUGACAGAGGAGGAACUGAAGAAGCCUGUGGAUGACAUCAUAACAACAAGGCUGGAGGCUCUGCUGGAAUUAGCCCUGAGAAUGAGCACAGCCAACACUGAUCCCUUCAAGGAUGAUUUAAAGAUUGACUUGAUGCCCCAUGACCUCAUCACACAGCUGCUGAGGGUGUUGGCCAUAGAAACAAAGCAGGAGAAAGCCAUCAUCAGUGCAGAGCCCACAGAGCUCACCCUCAGCGGCCUGGAGGCCUUUUCCUUCGACUACAUUGUGAAGUGGCCUCUGUCCCUCAUCAUAAACAGGAAAGCACUGACAAGGUACCAGAUGCUUUUCAGACACAUGUUCUACUGCAAGCACGUGGAAAGGCAGCUGUGCAAUGUUUGGAUCAGCAAUAAGACAGCCAAACAAUUCUCUCUGCAUUCAGCUAAGUGGUUUGCUGGUGCUUUCACACUGCGGCAGCGGAUGCUGAAUUUUGUGCAGAAUAUCCAGUAUUACAUGAUGUUUGAAGUGAUGGAGCCAACAUGGCACAUCCUGGAGAAGAACCUGAAGCUGGCAUCCAACAUUGACGAUGUCCUGAGCCACCACACCAGCUUCCUGGACAACUGCCUGAAGGACUGCAUGCUCACCAACCCAGAGCUGCUCAAGAUCUUCUCCAAGCUGAUGUCUGUGUGUGUCAUGUUCACCAACUGCAUGCAGAGGUUCACCCAGAGCAUGAAGCUGGACAGUGAGAUGGAGAGGCUCACCCUGGAGCAUGGCACCAUGCUGGGCCCUCCCACCGAGGAGGAGCGUGCUGAGGAGGCUGCCAAGAAGAAGCUGACCAACAAGCUUUUAGCAGAGCAUGCUGACAGCCUGCACCUCACAUCUGGCUUUGAAGCCACCAUCAACAAGUUUGACAGCAAUUUCUCCACACAUCUGCUGGACCUGCUGGACAAGCUGAGCGUGUACAGCACCAAUGACUGUGAGCACAGCAUGCUCAACAUCAUCUACAGGUUGGACUUCAAUGGCUUCUACACGGAGCGCCUGGAGCACAUG